GAAACGCGGCAGGACAGGAGCCUCCACAGCUGGUGCGAUGCAGAGGGCAGCAUGCGGCCAGCGGGGCUGGCUGUGCGCGCCGCGGAGCAACGGGCUGCAGCAGAGCAGCCCCCACCGCCAUGCAGGGGGAGACUGGAGCUGGGGGGUGAGCGGCUCCGCUUGGCACUGGAGACACUAAAGAUGCCUUUCGAUUGUACCAGUGCUGAAAUGUAUUGAGUGCUGCAGCUACUUUUCCAACAAUGAACAGUUCAAAAUCACCAGUGCUGGACGGAUUAGGAAACACAACCUGCAACGCACACAAUAAGAUUUCGGUAUUUUUUUCAAUAAUAUUCAUGACGGUGGGAAUUUUAUCCAACAGUCUUGCAAUAGCAAUUCUCAUGAAGGCAUAUCAGAGAUUUAGACAGAAAUCAAAAGCAUCCUUUUUGCUUUUUGCUAGUGGUUUGGUUGUCACAGAUCUUUUUGGCCAUCUCAUCAAUGGAACUAUUGCCGUGUUUGUGUAUGCGUCUGACAAAGACUGGAUUCGAUUUAAUCAAUCAAACAUUCUCUGCAGUGUUUUUGGCAUAUGUAUGGUAUUCUUUGGUCUGUGUCCUCUCUUUCUGGGCAGCGUGAUGGCUGUUGAACGUUGCAUUGGAGUCACUAAACCAAUAUUUCAUUCUACAAAAAUGACUUCUAAACAUGUAAAAAUGAUUUUGACUACGGUAUGUUUCUUUGCUGUUUUUAUAGCUUUGCUGCCUAUUCUUAGCUUUAGAGCAUAUCAAAUUCAAGCAUCGAGGACCUGGUGCUUCUAUAAAACAGAACAUAUUGAGGACUGGGAAGACAGAUUUUAUCUAUUACUUUUUUCUUGCCUUGGGUUACUAGCCCUUGCUGUUUCGUUCUUGUGCAAUGCUGUCACAGGAAUUACUCUCUUAAGAGUCAAAUUUAAAAGUCAACAAAGACAAGGCCGAUCUCAUCAUUUUGAAAUGAUCAUUCAGCUAUUGGCUAUAAUGUGUGUCUCUUGCAUUUGCUGGAGUCCAUUUCUGGUGACAAUGGCCAAUAUUGGAAUAAAUGCAGAUCGUUCAAUGGAAACCUGUGAAACCAUACUUGUUGUUCUCCGAAUGGCAACGUGGAAUCAAAUAUUAGAUCCCUGGGUAUACAUUCUUCUAAGGAAGGCUGUGCUGAAAACCCUCUACAAGAUUGCUAGGAGAUGCUGUGGAAUGCACAUCAUGAACUUGCAUAUGUGGGAACUCAGCUCCAUCAAGAAUUCUUUAAAGGUUGCAGCAAUUUCUGAGUCACCAGUUAGUUCCAAACAAAUAAAUCAACAGCCACUUAGCUCAACAGGGCAAUAAAAUCAAACACAGCGUAUGAAGAAAUAAUGGGAGUGUAAUGAUCAUACCCUGGGAACACCUUCAAAUUUGUUAGUCUUUGUGGUAAUAUGAGGGUAAGUGGUUUGGUAUUUGUUUCAGAUUGUAAGUGGUUUGGUCUUAUUGUUUACCAGUUUGAUAUUGCUAUUCCAAGAUGUGCACUUGAUUAACUGUGAUCACUCUCAAAACACUUUUGGGUGAAAGAAGCGUCUUUCCGAAAUGGGGUUUAAUCAGACAAGACAGAUUUCAGAGUGGAGUUAGUUCCACAUUACUGUGCCUGCAGCAGCAAAAACACAAUCGUCCACUGACUACAGAGCCCAAUGGCAGAAACUGUUAAGCUGGGUGUCGUGAGUAGAGAUGGUCACCAGCACUAGGCUCAAGGAGCACGUGAGAAGAGGGAAGAACUUGUUGGCUGGUAACAGACAAGGUAAUCUUUUGUUAGAUAGUGGCACCUCAGUAGUUAAGUGUCUUCAUAGCUUUUUAAGGUCAGAAGGGAUAACUAUGAUCAUCUCGUGUGACCUCGUACGUAACAUAGAACUCUUCUGAAUUAA